CUCCUGUCGAACCAGAAUCGUUCGAGCCUCCGAGCCGAUCACAAGUGUGCGAAUUUGCCUCGCCAAUCAUAUUUGAUUUCUUUUCUUUUAUUUUUUUUUUCUGGUGUGUUGUGCGGUUUAAAUUUUGUGCGCGUCGCGAAUGGAUCGUCGAUGUUAGGUGGUUGUGGUGGUGAAUUUUAUUAAUUUUCGGUGCCAACUGGAACCGAUUUUAGGGCCCUCGGACGUGGAAGAAGGCCAAAAUUGACGCUUAGUUGGAGCUAUUUUUAGUGAAGCAUUAAAGUGGACUGUGGACAGGUUUGAAUGUGCGAACGUGCAGAAAUUGCCAUUUCUUUUAAAACGUGCAAAUUUACGUGAUAAUCACUGGUGUGGCGAGAGUAUCCAAAGUAUUCAAAUUAGCAAAUAAGCAAAAUCAAAAUGACAAGUACAAAACCGUCCGAGAAGGUGCCACGUGCUCCCCUGGCCGAGGACGAAGAGGACAUCUAUCGACAGUUGACGCCCAAAAACAACCUGCAGCUGAUCACCCCCACACUGCUGACCGGAUCCGGCAAGGACAAGGAUGUGGAGGAUGGUCACGUCGUCGGUGGGUUGUUGGGAUCGGUCGCCGAACUGGCACGUGCCGCCAACAAGCGAAGCAAUCGGAUGCAGCUGACGAUGAGCAUUCUGGCGAAUUUGACCGUGCUGUCAUCCGGUAUGGGAUUGGGAUAUUCGGCGAUCACGCUGCAUUCACUCACGAGGGAGGAUGAUCCGUUAAGGUUGAACAUGGAACAGGCCUCGUGGUUCGCUUCCAUCAACUCAAUUGCCUGCCCGAUUGGGGGACUGAUCUCGGGCUACCUGUUGGAUCGCAUCGGUCGAAAGUGGACGCUGGUGCUGAUCAACGUGCUGUCGAUCGUGUCCUGGUCACUGAUUGCCGUGUGUAGCAGCACCAACUUCGAGCUCAUGUACACGCAAAUUCUGAUUGCGCGCGUAAUUAUAGGACUCGUCAUCGGCCUCGUCUGCGCCCCAGCAUCAAUCUACUCCGCCGAAAUCGCCACGCCUCGGAUGCGCGGCCGACUCACGGUACUCACCUCACUCGCGAUCGCCGUCGGCAUCCUGAUGAUCUACACCUUUGGCUACUUCAUCCCGGAGAACUUCCGCCUGGUGGCGACCAUCGCCGCCGGCUGCUGUGUGGGUUCGCUCGUAAUGCUGAUUCCACUGCCGGAGUCUCCGGCUUGGUUGAUGACGAAGGAGCGGGAAGCGGAGGCGGAGCGGUCGCUGAAGAAGAUUCGUGGGUUUGGAAAGUGCGCCAAGACGAUACCGGAGAUUGAACAUGAACUGGCACGGCUGAGAGAUAAUGUAGAGGCGCAGAAGAUGGCCGGGAAGGAGCGAUUCGUUGACGUGAUCAGACAACCGCAGGUUUACAAGCCGCUGGGGGUGAUUGUUGGAUUUUUCGGGUUCCAGCAGUUUUCCGGAAUUUUCGUGGUGGUCGUUUAUGCGGCGAAGGUUUCCACUGAGGCUAGCGUGUCGAUUGAUCCGUUUUUGUGUACGGUAUUGAUUGGAGUGACGCGGGUUGUUGCCACGACCUUGGUGGCUUACGUGCUGGACACGCUGGGCAGGAAACCACCGUCGAUCUUCUCCGGGUUGGGAAUGGCAAGUUGCAUGUUCGGGAUUGCCGCCUGUAUCUAUUCGCCUCCGUCGGCAAGUCUCAGCUGGCUGCCAACGUUCCUGAUCAUUACGUACAUCUUCACCAGCACGUUGGGCUUCCUUACGAUGCCAUUUUCCAUGCUGGCGGAACUGUUCCCGCAGAAGGUCCGCGGACCAGCCUCCGGAAUAACCGUGUUCUUCACGUACCUAAUGUCGUUCGUAAUCAUCAAACUAUACCCCACGAUGGUGGAAAGCAUGGGCAGUGCCAACGUGUUCAUCUUCUACGGAGCAAUCUCCCUCCUCGGAGUCCUGUACGUGUGCUACGUCGUCCCCGAAACGAAGGGCAAAUCGCUUCAAGAAAUUGAAGACUACUUCCGUGGCCGAUCGUCCUCCACCCGCCGAUCAAGCCAAUCAGCGUCCUCCGACGAAUUGUCAACGUCGGCGCAAUAUCGUGCCAACAGUCUACCAAAAAUGGCUAACCCUACCGACGGCCAGGAAUCCCCGACGCCACAGUCCAAGGUGCAGGACGAGAAGCUGAAACCGCACCGCUCCGACUCGGCCGAGAGCCUUAACCCUCACGCACCGGACGACAAUGCGAACGUGCUGACGCGGAAGGCGGCCCUGAUGCAAAUCACAAUGGCCAUCGUGGCCAACAUCACGAUCAUCUCGUCCGGCAUGGGGCUGGGCUUCCCGUCCAUUGCCAUGCUGGAGCUCACCAACUCGACGUCCUCGGUGACGCUGUCCGAGAACGAGGCCUCCUGGUUCGCUUCGGUCACGUCCAUCAUGUGCCCCUUCGGAGGAUUACUGGCGGGCUUCAUGCUGGACCGAGUGGGUCGUAAAAAGACGCUCUACUUUAUCAACUUCAUAUCGGUCAUCUCGUGGGCCAUGAUGGCAUUCGCAAGCCGAACCGAUUCGGUCUUUCUGUUUGUUCAACUGAUGGUCGCGCGAGUUAUUAUCGGUCUGGCCAUCGGGCUGUCGAGCUCACCUGCCGCCGUGUAUGCCGCGGAGAUUGCCCACCCGAACCUGCGUGGACGGCUCACGCUGCUGACGGCCCUCUGCACCGGUAUUGGGAUGCUAAUCAUCUACAGUUUGGGAUAUAUCUUCAAGAAUGACUGGCGCUUCGUUUGCAUCCUGUGCGGUAUAUUCACCUUUGCAUCGCUGCUAUCGGUGAUCCCCAUCCCAGAAUCGCCCAGCUGGUUGGUUGCCAAGAACAAGCUGCCCAAGGCGGAGAAAUCCCUGAAGAAGGUUCGCGCCAUCAAGGAGGACAACCACCCGAAGAUCACCGAAGAACUGGACAACUUGGCCGACAACAUUGCCCGGUUCCGCGCCUCUCAGACCAGCAAGUCCAAGAUGGUUAUGCUCCAGAAGCCCGAGUGCUACAAACCACUGGCCAUCAUGUGCACGUUCUUCUUCUUCCAACAAUUCACCGGUAUCUUCGUGAUCAUCGUGUACGCCGCCCGGUUCUCGAUCGAAGCCGGUGUCAACAUUGAUCCGUUCCUGAGUGCGGUCUUUGUCGGUUUGACCCGUGUCGUGACGACCAUCCUGAUGAGCUUCAUUUCGGACCGCUUCGGCAGACGUCCUCCGGCGCUAUUCUCCGGCUUUGGAAUGGCCAUCUGUAUGUUUGGAUUGGCCGCGUGCAUUGUGUACCCAUCUCCGGAGGGAAUUCUCCACUGGAUGCCAACGAUUCUGCUGGUGGCGUUCAUUUUCUGUGCCACGCUCGGCUUCCUGACGCUUCCGUUUGCCAUGAUCGCCGAAAUGUAUCCUCCCAAAGUGCGUGGCUUCCUGGCCGGGCUGACCAUCUUCGCCGGCUACACCAUGUCCUUCGUCAUCAUCAAGGUGUACCCGUCGAUGGUCAGUGCCAUGGGCAACGAAAAUGUGUUCCUGUUCUUCGGAGCCAUUUCCGUCGUGGGAAUCGGGUUCGUGUACUUCUUCCUGCCGGAAACGAAGGGACGCACCCUGGAGGAAAUCGAAGCAUACUUCCGGGGCACCAAGGACACCGGCGAAGUCGCCCUCAAGGCGAGCGAUGCCAAGGUUUGAGGAGUACAUUAUCAUACACAUAAAAAUACACACACACAGAACUGUGAUACGGAACAAGAAUACACUUACAAUGUAAGCGAUUUGUUACGACAGAAGAAAAAGAAAGGAUACAAAUAAUUUUAAGUGUUAUUUCGCUGAAUGAGCUUCAGCGCGUAUUUUGUAUUACUCUUUUUUUUGCAUUGGCGGUGCAAACGUCGCAGGAGUUUGGAUGAAUCGUUCCAAACGGGAAUACACACACAUCUUUAUAGGUACUAACUAGUAAGAGAGGUUGACGAAAGAGUUGGCCAAAUGUAGAUUUCAAAGUAGGAAGAAAGCAACACUGCCGAAACGUAACGCAAAUGGCACGAUUACUUAGCAAUCUAAUUUUGCACGUGGAAACAAAUGCCUAUAUCAAAUAGCUAGACAUUGUACUUUUGAAAUAAAGAUAUACAUUCAAAA